CAGACAUGGCCGACAAGACACCGAAGGAGUCUGAUGCUCCCUUUGCAAAGAGGAUAGACCCGACUAAAGAGGGUCUAUCCCACCAGCAGCUGCACUAUAUCAAACAGGCAGAGAUGCAGCAGUGGAAGAAGAGGACACAGAAGCUGACAACACGAAACGCGUUGACAGGACUGUUCAUCGGAGCUGCUGUGCUUGGUAUCUAUGGCUACACAUUUUACUCCUUCUCCCAGGAACGGAUCAUGGAAGAACUCGAUGAAGAAGCCAAGCGUACAAGAAUGCAGGGACCCAAGACCGGUGCCAACUGAGAUGCGUGUGUUGCCUGUUGUUGGACUUUGUCUCUGCAAUUAACCAAGAAAGGACUUAUGUAGACACUGCUAUCACUGAUUCAUAUUCCAUGGCCAGCUGCUGUUAGGGUUGUAUAGGCAGCGCUGGUCAUUGUUUUGUCUUGAUUGUGAAGGGUGAUUGUGUGUUUCUACAGCUGACUUAAAUCUAGAUGUGUCUUUAUUUGCUUGCCUGUCAGGGGAAGGGACUGAUCUGCUGACCUCAACAUGACGUUACAUGCUGCCCAAAAGGCCCAGACUGUAGAGUAAUAACCAUUUUUACCUAAUACAAUUCCAGCCAGUGCAGUCUGAUCAUCUCUUAUGGAUUCAGUAUAAAGGGGAGAAUAUGCUAAACUUCAUUCAGCAAAUCAUGUUAAAUUUACAGUGGCCUUCAACAGAAACACAAUGCCAGUGACACUGCUGAAAUGACACACGGAUCAACCUGUUGAAACUGCUAUUUAUGUUGAUAAAGUGAUAAUUUGUAAAAUAAAAUCUUAUGUAUUUGAUUUUUUUUAAUACAAUCAUGACUCUAUGUAAGUAUUUCUGCAAGUAAAAGACAUUGGGUGAAGCAGUAAAGAUGACAGAAGAGCAGUGGUAUUUACAAUUACAUUUAUUUUUCUCAAAAAUUUGAUAUACAGAGUCUGAUCUAGCCACCAAAUCUGGAGAGUAAAAAUAUAAAAUAAGACAUUGUAAGGGAAAGGCACAGAUUCAGCAUGGCAGGACAGCAGCUUCAGAAAGCAAUACAAUUAUUAUUUACAUUCAAAAUUUUGAAAUGAAACUUUUUCUUUGAAUAUAUUAUGAACUUUGGAAAAUCUUACUGGAGUUUAACUGCCAUAACAUUCAGUGUUGUGAAUAUUUUAUAAGGCAACAGCUACAGAUUCACAGCUUGGACUGAUUUCUCUAUCCCACAAUAUACUUAUUUCAACUGUGGGAAGGGCAGAUCAUCAUUACUGUGAUCCAAUACGAAAUAUUGUGAUCAAACAUCUUGUGGAAAAUGUUCUCUCAACUCCCUCAUGGAAAAUAACAGGAAACAUAUCAGCUCUUCCUCGAGUGAACACAGUUUUAUCCACAAAUGUGGUAAAUUAUUGAGAACUAAAAUAGAAUUUACUAAAGUGCACAAGGUGCUUGAUCUAUUGAAACAAGUGACAAAAAGUGAUUUUUGUUUUGUUUGUUUUUUUGCUUGAGCAAGAAUUAAGGUUGCUGAAAUAUUUUGUUUACACAUAACCUGUAAACAUAAUCUAUAAAUGCACUGUACUUAUAUACACAUUUACAAUCAACAGGAAAGCCAGUAGUCUAUAACCUAGGUGGGUUUUUCACAACUAAUCAAUACAAAGAAAUCCAGCUAUAG